AUUCAUCUCUAAACAUGGAUGGUAUUUUCCGCCUAUUCUGUGGAUGCUGCGGAAUACAAGGCGAAGAAGAGCCGCCAUACUCACAGCUCCGCCACGAUUCGGUCACCCCGAUUCGUGAUCCACCACUCCAGCAGGGAAAUCGCCAGGCGACGAAUGGAGCACAUCAGCAUAAUCCUCUUCAGCAUCAAGGAUUCGUGAAUCCGGUUCACGAAUAUAAUUACGACGCCACCGAUGGGCCGAACAUGUAUCCAUCGGACCAUCAUGGAAUGCAUUCGGACUCGGCGUCACCACCAUCCGGUGAUUUUGAUGAGGAGAUCGUUGAGGAUGAGGGCCGUGAAAAGGAGCAGCUUGACAAUAUUGUCGAGAGCACGCAGCACAGCAUCAUCGCUGUUGGACAAACCGACGUUGAUGGUGUUAUCAUGCCGGAUACACAAUACCGCGAGAAGGCAUAUCGGGCGAAAGUUCAAAAGAUGGCGUGUGCUCCACCGUCGGUUAUUCAUUACACUACAAUUUAUGAUUUCGAGUUUGAGCCGACACAGACGCCGAUCCAAGUUCCCAUCAGAUAUGACGAGAUAUCUGCAACAAUAGAGCCGUCGCCAAUCGAGCGGAUGCCAUUCUCGGCUCCGGAUUUCAAUCAGUUGAAGCUUGCAAGAACUAUGGGCGCCAAGAAUCCACAAUUCCUUGUCGAGCAUCCAGAUCUGAAGUCUGCUGGAAGAUCUCAGGGAAUCACCAGUUCCAUGAAGGCGAAGGUAACUCAAGUCCUCGACGAAGUUCACCAAGGUGUCGUUGGAGUUGAAGUGGAACCACGCGAUCUGAUUGUCAGCAUGGAUUUCUGAAUAUCUGACCAACUUCCCCAUCUCUCGUGUGAUGAUGAUAACCCGAUAACUUAUCAAAAAUGAAUACAAGUACCCCCGCCCAAAAAAUUAAUUUUUUCCAAUUUCCAGUGUUUCGUGUAUCUUAUCGUUAUUCUUUUCCCAGUCUCUCGCGUCGCCCAAACAUUUUUUUCCAAUUUUCACCAAAAAUUUAAAUUUUUUUCUUCCCCCGUUUUUCUAUGUAUGCUAUGUUAGUUCCGCCCGUCCCCAAGCCCAAGCCAAUCCAAGAGAACUUGUCAAAAAUUGCAACAAAAAAAAUGACUUCUUAUUGAAAUUCAAUU